AUGCGGGUCACGUCGGAAUCGAAUUCCGGCCCGCCAAGCCGUACGCCAUCCAUCAUGGACAGCCCGACGCUGGUGCGCGUCGAGCGGGCUCGUUUGCGCCAGGAAGCGGACAGCAACGGGCAGCGAAAUGGUGGCCAACGUGAGGACAGUCUCGAGCGGUGUCUGCUCGAUCCCAAGAAGUCUCUUCUAAUUGGGCGCAUUCCGGUGGCACAAAUGACGGGUCCCAUCAAAAGAGGACUGCUGUGGCAACAGCGUGACCGGCUUUUCUCGCGUUGGAAGGAGAGAUACUUCAUCCUAACACGUGAUUAUCUCAAUUGUUUCAAACGAGCCACCGGAUCCGCCUCGGAGAAGAUAUCCGACAUGGGCCAGUUUAUAUUCAAGAUCAAGCUAGUCGACGUAGAGAAGGUGGAAUGGCUGAACCGUCGGUCGUACAGCGCGAUAGGCCUGCUUCUCGGUGCGCGAGAAGGACGCGUCCUGUUGCGCAGCGACCAGGGCCUUGAGGAUUGGUUCGAACUGCUGGAGGAGUGCACGCUGAGCAGCAAGGAGCGGCGUCGUGCCCUUCGGCUCACGCAAGGACCACGAUCGCGCGCCUCCCUUGCGGCACCAGUCUCGGCGGCCUCGCUGCAGAGCAACCACCUCGGGCUAGGCGGCACCUACUCCGGUGCGAUCGAGGACUGGCUAAUGUCCCGCCACCAGAAACCGGCAGGUGGGCCACGCUUCAACCACAUCCUGCUGUCUGACUCCGUGCCCGAUCUGAGCUCCAUCAACGAGAGCGGCCUAUGCAGUGGCAUGUUGACGAACCACUCGACCCCGAAAAAGGUCCCAAAUGCCCGACACAACCUGUCCGGGGGUGGUUCGAGCAAUGGCUACAGCAGCCACAACGGCAGUCUGUACAAUGGAUUCCCGUACUCACCGCUGAAGAAGCUGGCGGACAACUUUGUGAACGGAAACCACAGCUACACGCUGCACGAUGAUCUGGAGGAGGAGGUUGAAUUGCGCCGUGGAGGACGUUACCGGGAAAAUGACGACCUUUACAGACGACCACUCGGCCCGGGUGGCAACGAUAGUAGCCGUCAUUCGUUCCUGACGGAUUUGGAUUACGCCGGGUGUGACAGUGGAUUGGAUACGCCACCAUCCACGCACCGACCGUCAAGCUGCCGGGAUAACAUCUACUUCGCGUCGGCCUACAACAAUCACGCCCACGGUUCCGGGUUUCUCGGCAAGGACAAAACCACCGACACGGGCAUCAGCUCAUCGCGCGGUACGCUCGUUUCACCGGCCAGCAGCAUCCGCCAUGGGUACGUUAACGUGACGAACCUCAACGGAAACAGCGCCAACAACAACCAUCUCAAUAGCUACGGUUCUCGCUACAGCGUGCAGGAGCAGAAGAUAUUGCGUUCGCGCAACACCGAAGACAACAAGAACUCGAUCCGCUCGGUGCGGGCGGAAUUCUUCGAUCAAAAUAAAUACAACAGCACGAACGGUGGUGGCGGUGGUAACAACAACAACCACAUCAACAACAAUGGAGGCGCCCAUCAUCAUCACUUUCACCAUUCCGCACAGCAGCAGCAGCAGCAUCAUGCAGCGCUGCACGCCGGUUCUGCCGGAAGCAAUGGCAACAUCCACCAGCAGCUGCAUUACAACGGCUUGAACAACAACAAUAACAACAGCAACCACAGCAGCAACCACAAUCUCAACAACUACAACCACAGCAACAGCACGAACAACAAUGGCAACGGUGCGUCACCUGGUGCGGGAAACGUCACCAAAAGCCCGUCCCUGGCGGGCAACGGAAAUGGAACCGGUGGGCAGCGGGACCGCUACCAGCAGCAUCCGGCCCUGGCUGCCAUCAUCAACGAGUCGCAGGGAAUCAAGUACAGAGAUCGUUCCUACUCCGACUGUCAGCAGGCGCCACGAGCUCGCCAGUGGACCAGCAACACGCCGAGCCCGAAACGCAUCCCGUUUCUGGGCACUCCACCGACCCGAGUGUAAUGGCGGUGUUCAACAUCCGGAAAACACACCCAGCGAGAUACAUGUUCAAUUAAAAAAAAAGGGAAUAA